AUGGGGUGUUCAAUCACAACUAAAUUCAAAAAUAAGCCUAUCUCUGAUGGUACAGAUGAGAAAUCAAGCCAAGUUAUCGAAAUAAACGUACAGCCUGGUACAUUUGUCCAAGAAAAUGAGCAUCAUUUUAACAAUGUAUAUCGGCUUGGACAGCUGAUAUCUUCAGGACCACUUGUGAUGCUUCAUGCUUGUUUUAACCGAGAAACAAGCUUAAAAAGAGUCGUAAAAAUUUACAGAAAAGAUCUAAUCACUAAUGAAGCUUCAAAGUUUGCUAUUGAGCAAGAAAUAAGCAUUUUAAAGUCUUUAGACCAUCCUAAUAUUGUAAGGAUGCUAGAAUUUUUUGAAGAAGUCAAGCGAAUUUAUUUAGUGAUGGAGUACUGCAAAGGAGGAGAUCUAUUUACAGAGCUAUUAAGUAGGCCAAGCUUUGAUGAGCAGAAAUCAGCACAAGUAAUGGAACAAUUGUUUGCUGCAGUUGCAUAUAUGCAUGAACAUCAUAUAAUGCAUAGGAAUUUGAAGCCUGAAAACAUUUUAUUAGAAGAAAAGCAUGAGAUUUUGAGCAUAAAAGUGCAUCAUUUUGGGUCUGCGAGAAAUUUUUAUGGAAAGAAACUGAUAUCAGGUCAAGUAGGAACUUCAUACUAUAUGGCACCUGAAGUAAUUUCGGGAGAGUAUAAUGAAAAAUGUGACCUUUGAAGCUGUGGAGUAAUACUUUAUAUUUUGCUUUCUGGAAAACCACCGUUUGCAGGAAAAAAUAACGAUGAAAUUUUAGAAAAAGUAAAGACUGGUGUUUAUAGCUUGGAAGAAGACCCAUGGCCUCUUAUUUCAGCUUCAGCAAAAGAUCUUAUUAGAAAGCUUUUGUGUCCGCAAAAAAGACGAAUAUCUGCUCAAGAAGCUCAUUCUCAUUCAUGAAUUGUCAGAAGAUCAGAGAUAUUACCUCCUAGUGAAGAAUUAAUUCAUUUGGUUCUGUCAAAUUUAAAGUCAUUUCAUUCAACAAAUACACUUAGAGAUGCAGUUCACACUUUUAUUACUUCCCAAUGCCUUUCAUCAAAAGAUACAAAGGCUCUAAGAGAAGUUUUCCGAGCUAUGGAUUUAAAUGGCGAUGGGAGACUAAGUAGACAAGAACUGCUUCAGCAAUACUCAAUUGUUAUGAGCCCUGCAGAAGCUGAGCUAGAAGUAAAUAAAAUCAUGUCAGAGGUAGAUACAGACAACAGCGGCUUCAUUGAUUAUACAGAAUUUCUAAAAGCUUCAAUUGAUAGUAGAGUUAUGCUCUCAACUGAAAAUCUGAGAUAUGCUUUUCAUAUGUUUGACAAGGAUGGCAGUGGAACAAUAUCACUAACAGAGCUCAAAAGAGCUCUUGAAGCCGAAGCAAGUGAUGAUCGAGUAUGGGCACAAGUUUUAGACCAAGUCGAUAAAAAUGGAGAUGGGCAGAUUGAUAUUGAGGAAUUCACAAAUAUUGUUCUCUCUAAAAUUGAGUAA